UCUGCCUGAUCUACGGCUGAGUGCAAACCGUCCCAUACAUGCGUUAUACAUACAGACAUUGUAUAUGUAGUUGUAUGUAUACUUGUACAGGGUGGGUGACAGAGUCAGAGAGAGGGCUCAGUUAAAUUUAUUUAACAGAGAAACCAGAGUGUUCUUUCAUGUAUGUGCAGUGUUGCAAUCUCUGCAGUAGAAAAAAAAACGCAGCAUAAUAAGAUUUGCUUUCAUUGUCAUCGUCGUCCUUAUCGUCACUACCGAGCAUCAUCAUGUGUAAUCUCAACACCACCACUGCUAAUACUACCCCACCUACACCUGCGAAGAAGAAGCAAGUACAUACUUCCAAAACCCACCUCUAUUUCGACAUCUUAUCAUCAGUACUUCCAAACACCAUAAUCGAUCCAGAGAAUUCCAAAACAACAAUCACAGAAGUUAUAAACCCAAUCGUGUUUGAGAUCGUCGGGGAGGUUAAGUCGCUCUUCAAUCUCGCCUUCCCAAUCGCCUUAACCGCUCUCAUUCUCUAUGCUCGCUCAAUAAUCUCUACUCUUUUUCUGGGUCAUCUCGGCGAACUCGAACUCGCCGCGGGUUCACUCGCGAUUGCUUUCGCGAACAUUACUGGGUAUUCGGUCCUCUCUGGUCUGGCUUUAGGAAUGGAACCUCUCUGUUCACAGGCCUUUGGUGCUCAACGACCUAAACUACUCUCUCUAACCCUUCAUCGGUCUGUGAUCUUUCUACUGGUAUGUUCAGUCCCCAUUCUUCUUCUCUGGCUCAAUAUGAACAAAAUCCUUUUAUUCCUUCACCAAGACCCAGAUAUAACAAGAAUCGCUCACACAUAUUUAACGUUCACUCUCCCUGACCUUUUGACCAACUCUUUUAUACACCCAAUCCGCAUUUACCUUCGCACGCAGGGGAUCACCCGCCCGUUAACUUUAGCAACUCUCACAGGCACAAUCCUUCACUUACCUUUCAAUCUGCUACUGGUCACGCACUUUCGCCUCGGAGUAGUCGGCGUAGCAGCUGCGGCGGCUGCGUCUAAUUUCUUUGCGCUGUUGGCGUUGGUUUUAUACGUGUGGGGUUAUGGUUUGCACGAGGCGACUUGGAGUAAGCCGAGCUUGGAUUGUUUGACCGGGUGGAAGCCAUUGCUUCGGCUUGCGGCGCCGAGCUGCGUAUCGGUUUGUUUAGAGUGGUGGUGGUACGAGAUCAUGAUCGUGUUGUGUGGUCUAUUAGUGGACCCCAAAUCAACCGUAGCAUCAAUGGGGAUUCUGAUUCAAACGACGUCGUUGAUAUACGUGUUCCCGUCGUCAGUAGGGUUCGCCGUGUCCACUCGCGUGGGGAACGAACUCGGUGCGAAUCGUCCUUCCAGAGCGAGAUUAUCGGCUGUUGUCGCGGUUGUAAUUGCGUCCAUGAUUGGCCUAUCAGCUUCGAUGUUCGCAACGGGGAUGAGGAAUACGUGGGGCCGGAUGUUUACGAAAGACGCGGAGAUCCUACGGCUGACAUCCGUGGCGCUUCCAAUCCUAGGGUUGUGCGAGCUGGGUAAUAGUCCUCAAACGGUGGGCUGUGGGGUCCUGAGAGGCUGUGCGCGCCCCUCAACGGCUGCUAACGUCAACCUGGGCGCAUUCUAUCUGGUGGGAAUGCCGGUAGCAGUUGGGCUUGGGUUCUGGAUAGGAAUUGGAUUCUGUGGACUCUGGGUUGGGCUGUUGGCGGCCCAGACAUGUUGUGCUGGGCUAAUGCUGUACGUGGUGGGGACCACUGACUGGAAUCUCCAAGCAAAGCGAGCUCGAGUCCUAACAUCCAGUACCGGUCGUGGAGAAUCUGGAGAUAAUACUAAUGUCAAUGGUGAAGAGAUGCAACCACUCAGUUCUAUUGCAGUCAAUUCCAGCUAAUGUAAAUUUUAAUUUUAUAUUUUAGGGAUUUUUUUUUGCUUCAUUAGAAAUAAAAUAAAAGAGAAUAUUGAUUAUAUAUAUACUUAACUACCCCCGCCCAGCUGGACAGGAAUGCACCU